GUCUCACCCUACACAAAAUGGGAGCUUAAAUGUUUCCACUUCCACAGAGUUUGGGCCCUCAUCGGGAAUCAAUUCAUCAGUGUGAUUUCUGAGUCGCCAAGAUGGUUCGAGAACAGUAUACCACAGUUACUGAGGGCUUCCACCUCGAGAGGCCUGAGAGCCAGCCUGUCUACAAGAUCGGCAUUUACGGCUGGAGGAAGCGCUGCCUCUACCUCUUCGUUCUUCUGUUGCUAACAACACUCAUCGUGAACCUCGCUCUCACAAUCUGGAUUCUAAAAGUGAUGUGGUUUUCUCCAAUAGGAAUGGGUCACCUGCAUGUUACAGCAGACGGACUUCGUCUGGAAGGGGAAUCGGAAUUUUUAUUUCCUCUGUAUGCCAAGGAAAUACGCUCCCGAGUGGACUCAUCUCUGCUUCUGCAGUCAACUCAGAAUGUGACAGUCAAUGCUCGAAACUCGGAAGGGGAGGUCACAGGCAGAGUCAAAGUGGGUGCCCAGAUGGUAGAAGUCCAGAGCCAGCGCUUUCAGGUCAGUUCUGAAGCUGCCAAGCCACUGUUCACCGCUGAGGAGCAGGGCAUCGUGGUCGGCACCGGCAGGCUGCGGGUGACAGGGCCAGAAGGAGCAAUUUUUGAACACUCAGUGGAGACACCCCUUGUCAGAGCGGACCCAUUCCAGGACCUUAGGUUAGAAUCCCCAACUCGGAGUCUAAGCAUGGAUGCCCCAAGGGGGGUUCACGUUAAAGCUCAUGCUGGGAAAAUGAAGGCCCUCUCUCAAAUGGACAUCAUCCUGCAGAGCAGUGAUGGAAUGGUGGUGCUUGAUGCUGAAACUGUUGGUUUGCUCCAGUUGAAGCAGGGAACAUGGGGUCCCUCUGGCAACUCUCAUGGAUUCUAUGAGAUUUGUGUGUGUCCUGACGGGAAGCUGUACCUGUCUAUGGCUGACGAGGCCACCACCUGCGAGGAACACAGCCACAUCUGUCUCUGACCACUGCUCUCCUGCAGCACACCUAUGUUGUCUCGGUGAGCCAAGAGCUGUGACCUCAGCCUUUACGUGCCAAGCAGCUGGAUGGGCACUGGCAGACUCACUGCUAAAGCACUCAGACAGACGCAUGCAGGGGAAAUGGGCCAAUGGAAUUGUUGGGCCCAAACUACCAGGUUUCAGAAUGACACAAAGAAAUGUUAACAACUUAUUCACUGUGCUCUCAUCUUUAUUGCCUCCCUCCACAUCAUGCUGAACUGUUCCCUGGAAGCAAUUGAUGGUACUCGAUGGCAGACACCUAUCUCCUCACCCAUGCACGGCUGGCUGGUGGAUCCUAAAAUGCCCCAACUGUGCACAGCCCUUCCUUCACAUUAAACUCCCAGCGCCCUGCUCAGCUGUGUGCAGUGUGCCAGGCUUCACCGAGAUCUCCACAGUCUGAAGGGAAUUUGAGGUUGAUAUGAUUUUCAGUAUGUAGUUAAGGGAAGAAAUUACACAAAUUUAGUCAUGCUUUUUAUAUACAUACCAACAAGCAAUAAAAAAUGACAUUUUUAUUUCAGACCAGAGUUUGAAAGUGUCUUACUUUCUUCAAUGCUCACCACUC